CACUGAUGUUGUAACAUAACAGAAGUCUUUAAAUAGAAAGCAGGUGUGGGCAAAAGAGAUGUUCAUAUGCUCUUAAUAUCUUCUGCUCCUGUGAAGCAGAGGAGUGGUCAAGCAUUGCUACAACACAGAGAGCAAUGAGAACAAGUAGUGCUAAUUUUCUGUAUCUUCUACUUUCUUCUCUACUGUUGCAUAGACCCACCAUUGCUGCUAAAAGGUCAUAUGUUGUGUAUCUAGGAGCUCAUUCACAUAGUUAUGAUGUUACUCAAACUGAUUUCGAUCGCGUAACCGACACUCACUAUGAGUUUCUUGGUUCUUGUUUGGGAAGUAAAGAUAAGGCCAAAGAUGCUAUAUUCUACUCGUACACAAGGCAUAUUAACGGUUUUGCUGCCAUGCUUGAAGAUGUAGAAGCUGUGAAGAUAGCUAAGCACCCCAGGGUGGUCUCAGUGUUCUUGAACAGAGGUAGAAAGUUACACACAACUAGAUCAUGGGAUUUCAUGGGGCUCGAAGAUAACGGCGUAAUACGGUCGAGUUCGAUCUGGAAGAAGGCGAGAUUUGGUGAAAAUACCAUCAUAGGAAACCUUGAUACAGGCGUUUGGCCAGAAUCAAAAAGCUUUAGCGAUGAUGGAAUGGGACCGAUUCCAUCAAAGUGGAAAGGGGUCUGUCAAAAUGGUGCAGAUGCUACCUUUCACUGUAAUCGGAAACUAAUAGGAGCAAGAUACUUCAACAAAGGUUAUGCUUCUGUGGUGGGACCGUUAAACUCCUCGUUUGAAUCGCCACGUGACCAUGAAGGGCAUGGGUCCCACACGUUAUCAACGGCUGGGGGCAACUUUGUAUCAGACGCCAGUGUAUUUGGGUAUGGGAAUGGAACGGCUAAAGGCGGGUCACCAAACGCUCGGGUUGCUGCAUAUAAAGUUUGUUUCCCACCUGUGAGUGGAAAUGAGUGCUUCGAUGUAGAUAUUUUAGCAGCAUUCGAUAUGGCCAUUCAAGAUGGAGUAGAUGUGUUAUCGGUAUCUCUUGGUGGUGACGCCGUUCCCUUUUUUAACGAUAGUGUUGCCAUUGGCUCUUUUCAUGCUGUCAAGCAUGGGAUAGUUGUGGUUUGCUCUGCUGGAAAUUCUGGACCCGAUGAUGGCACGGUUUCCAAUGUUGCCACCUGGCAGAUCACGGUUGGAGCUAGUACGAUGGAUCGCCAGUUCCCUAGCUAUGUUGUUUUGGGAAAUAACAUGCAGUUCAAGGGAGAAAGUCUUUCUGCUAAAGCCUUACCGAAAAACAAAUUCUUUCCGAUUAUAAGCUCUCUAGAAGCCAAAGCAGCCAAUGCAAAUGCAAUAGACGCGCAGCUUUGUAAAGCGAGAUCAUUGGAUCCUAAAAAGGCGAAAGGGAAAUUGUUGGUGUGUCUUCGCGGAGAUAACGCUAGGGUCGACAAAGGUCAAGAAGCUGCUUUGGCUGGGGCUGUGGGAAUGGUUCUAGCUAACAAUGAUGUUUCCGGGAAUGAGAUAAUCGCAGAUCCUCACGUCUUUCCUGCUACACACAUCACUUACACCGAUGGUCUUGCAGUUUAUCAUUACCUCAAUUCCACCAAGACUCCAACGGCUUACAUCACACAUCCAUCAACUCAGUUGAACACAAAGCCGGCCCCAUUCAUGGCUGCUUUCUCAUCCAAGGGACCUAACAUCAUCACACCCGAGAUUCUUAAGCCUGAUAUAACCGCGCCUGGUGUGAGUAUAAUAGCUGCUUAUACAGAAUCACAAGGGCCAACAAACCAAGAUUUUGAUACGCGUCGAGUCCAAUAUAAUUGUGUAUCAGGAACUUCCAUGUCAUGUCCUCAUGUUUCUGGUAUUGUUGGGCUUCUGAAAACCCUACAUCCAGAUUGGAGUCCAGCAGCGAUCAGAUCCGCCAUCAUGACCACCGCGAGAACACGCGACAAUGUGGUUAAACCAAUCACAAACGCAUCUCACAUUAAAGCAACGCCGUUUAGCUACGGAGCAGGACAUGUGCAGCCAAAUCGAGCCAUGGACCCUGGUCUGGUUUACGAUCUAACCACCACCAAUUACCUUGACUUGUUGUGUGCACUGGGGUACACCAAGGUUCAAGUCGAGAAAUUCUCAGAAACUCCAUAUACAUGCCCAUCUAAGAACAUUAGUCUACUAGACUUUAACUAUCCGUCAAUCACUGUGCCUAACCUCAAUGGUUCGAUCACAGUGACUCGAACCGUUAAGAAUGUGGGUUCACCAGCCACCUACACGUCGCAAGUCUUUAAGCCGGCUGGCAUAUCGGUCCUGGUUCGGCCGAAGAGGUUGAAGUUUAAAAAGAUUGGUGAAGAGAAAAUGUUUAAGGUUACUUUGAAGUCCAAGAAGAGUAGGGCAGCUGGUGGUUAUGUUUUUGGACAACUAAAAUGGUCAGAUGGAAAGCAUAAUGUGAGGAGUCCCAUUGUGGUCAAGACCAUAUGAUUUUUGAGGGUGGGAAAAAUAUUUCAGUAAAAUAAUUUUUGAACAUUAUUAUCAUUGAAAUUAUUUAUUUAUUUUUGGUUAUUGACUUAUUUUAAUUGGAAUUUUAUCACU